AUGGGAUGUAGUGGAUGCAGAUUCAGGGUCAACUUUGGGAAGGCGCUGUCCAAAGUCUCGGUCUUUUUCACCAUGGUCCUAAUCUUCACCUACUUCUUCUACUGCCUCACCGGAUUUUGUGAUUCAGCUCCAAGAGCUGCAUACAGACAACAAACUUCAGACUUGGACUAUGACAUUUUGGACGAUCUGCGGCUACCCCGGCGCCUCUUCCCCGAUGCGCCGUUUCAGCGGAACCGCACAAGCUCCGAGGACGCUCCGGUUGAGCCGUCACAGAAUACGCUGGACAGCGAAAAGGAGACUGUCCAGAGCAACGGCAUCCCCGUGUCCAACACUUUCGGGACCAAAAGGUUUCCGCAGGCGAUUAUAAUCGGCGUGAAGAAAGGAGGGACACGCGCCCUGCUGGAGUUUCUCCGCAUCCAUCCGGACGUGAGAGCGUUCGGCGCGGAGCCGCACUUCUUCGACAGGUUUUACGAUAAAGGGCUGGAGUGGUACAGGAACCUGAUGCCUCGGACACUCGACGGGCAGAUCACUAUGGAGAAGACACCCAGCUACUUUGUCACCAAAGAGGCUCCAAGUCGCAUCUGCACUAUGAAUUGUCAAACCAAGCUUAUUGUCGUCGUCAGGGACCCGGUGACGAGGGCUGUGUCUGACUACACCCAGACGCUGUCCAAGAACCCAGGGCUUCCAUCCUUCCAGAGCCUCGCUUUGAAAAACUCCUCCACAGGUUUGAUUGAUACCACGUGGAGUGCUGUGCGCAUCGGCCUCUAUGCCAAGCACCUGGAGAACUGGCUCCAGUACUUCCAUUUGUCUCAUUUUCUGUUUGUUAGCGGCGAACGACUGGUGUCUGAUCCAGCUGGGGAGAUGGGCCGAGUUCAGGACUUCCUGGGUUUGAAAAGGGUUGUUUCAGACAAGCACUUCUACUUCAACCAGACAAAAGGUUUUCCCUGCUUGAAGAAGCCAGAGGGGAGCAGCAGACCCCGCUGCCUCGGAAAGUCUAAAGGCAGACCUCAUCCCCAGAUCCCCUCUGAGGUACUGCAGAGACUCAGAGACUUCUACAGGCCCUUCAACCACCGUUUCUACCAGAUGAGUGGACAGGACUUUGGCUGGGACUAA